UCCUUCUCGAGCGACGGAAGUUCGCCUGCUCGUCCCUGCCGCGGGGCGAUAUGAGUGGAGAUGAUGAGCUGAACCUCCUAGUCAUUGUUGUUGACACUAACCCUAUUUGGUGGGGAAAGCAGGCAUUAGGAGGCUCAGAGCUUACAUUAUCAAAAUGCCUCGAUGCAGCCAUGGUGUUGGGAAAUUCGCACUUAUUUAUGAACCGCAACAACAAACUGGCUGUGAUAGCCAGCCAUAUACAGGAAAGUCGUUUCCUCUACCCUGGAAAACAUUGGGCACCAGCUGAUCUCUUUGGUGAAUCUAAUAUAUCUGGCAGCAAGGAUGGAAAAUAUGAGUUGUUAACAACAAUAAAUGAAACUAUUGCAGAAGAGAUCAAGGACCUCAUGACUAACACUGAAAUAAGAGGGCAGCAGACCGAAUCAUUACUGGCAGGAUCUCUUGCUAAAGGAAUUUGCUAUAUUCACAGGAUGACUAAAGAGGGAAAAGCCAGCCAGGAAAUCAAGUCUAGGAUUUUGGUCAUAAAAGCUGCUGAAGACAGUGCGUUGCAGUACAUGAACUUCAUGAAUGUGAUCUUUGCAGCCCAGAAACAGAAUGUUUUGAUUGACGCCUGCGUUCUGGAUUCUGAUUCAGGGCUCUUGCAGCAGGCUUGCGAUAUUACUGGUGGCAUUUACUUGAAAGUUCCCCAUAUGCCAUCUCUGCUGCAGUAUUUGCUGUGGGUAUAUCUGCCUGACCAAGAACAAAGAUCCCAGCUAAUUCUCCCACCCCCUGUUCAUGUUGACUACCGAGCUGCCUGCUUCUGCCACAGAAAUCUCAUUGAAAUCGGUUAUGUCUGCUCUGUGUGUUUGUCAAUAUUCUGCAGCUUCAGUCCAAUUUGCACCACUUGCGAGACUGCAUUCAAGAUUUCACUGCCAGCUGUCAUGAAGGCUAAGAAAAAGAAAUUGAAAUUGGCUGUUUAACAGCAUCGUUGGUGUAUGUGAAUUUCAGAUUGUAGCUGUUAAGCUACCGAUGUUGGUUACGGGACACUGGAAAAGAGGGACCUGUAUGACAAUCCCUGGGGCUAAACAUUUUGGAACAGCCACAUAAGUUGGAUGCAGCUAGUCUGUUCAGUGGCCCAUGUUGACACUUAAAACUUCUGCUAUAUUAUAAAGUCAGGAUGGUUAAUGUGUAACUGCCUUGAACCAACGGCUUCAGCUAGUGCAGCUGUAAAGCCAGAAAUGUGUAAAGCCAAGCGUGAUGAAUCUCUAAUAUAGCGUCCUUGGACCAACUGCUCCAUUUGGUACAAAUCAAAUCAAUUUGAAUUAUUUAAAUAGAAAUCUAAUAUUUGCUUUAGGAACUGAAAUUUUGGGGCUCCUGGGCUGGUCCUGUAGAGCUCCUUUCAAAUUAGUAGAAAGAACUGUCGAUUUAAAGACUGCUCUGAGCUAUGGUUUUCAGUACGGUUAACAAUGCAUCUUAGGUAUUUGUCCACCCCCAUCACGCUUUUUAAUAGUGAUCACUACAUCUGCUUCUAAACAGAGCCAGUUCAGCCAAAAUUUAAGCUGGAACAAGCAGAUUAACCUAUCACAGUUAAAUGCCACUAUUGAAAGCACACCAACAACUGCUUGACAAUUUCAGUAAUGAAACUGACCGAGUGGCUUAUCCUGUCUCAUGUUUGACCAGCCACAAGGAAAGAUUGAAUGAAUAGUGUGCUUUUCUCCUUUUCUGUACUUCUGGCAGAAAACCUCUGCCAUGUGAUCUUAUUUCCUUGAAUGUUGGACAUGGUUCCAGCACAGCCAAAACACACUUUCUUUCAUCCUUCCACAAACAGUUGUCUCUGUGUGCUUUGCUUCCUGAGCCCAAAUUUAAAGAUUUAUGUUACAUUUGGUGGUCUAUCAGGAACCAGUGUUUUCUAGAGACCCUAUAACUUAUUGACAGGCCUGUAUAUUAUACUGAAUCUUUGCCAUCUCAAUGCUGUUUUGUUUUACAAAUGUUUUGUAACUUUUCCUUAAUAAACUGCUUCUAGGAAAACAGGAUUCGGGUGUUUUCCUUGUAACAGCCUAUAAUUUAUUUGAAGAGCUUUCCCAUAGGCAAGACCCUUCACAGGAACCACCAUUGACGGACAGACAUAAAAUCAGACACAUUUAGAAGGGGCCUAUGCAGGAUAUCUGCACAAGAAACGGGUAGGAGGUGAGCAAGUGCACAGUCCUCUGGCCCACUAAACUGCAUAGCUACUUUAGUUAGUUAAAAAUGCACGUCCCACUUUCCUUUAAUUGCAAAAAGCAUCAAAGCAGCUUACAAAGAAGUUCAUAAAAUGACUUAAAAAUGCAAUUUUUAAAAGUUCAAUUACCUGAACAGCAGAAUCAGGAGCAGGACAAAACAGUCAAAUUUAACCUACAUUGAAAGGUGCCUGAAGCAAAAAAAUACAGGAGGGAAAUGGAGCCACAAGACAGAAGCCUCAGUAGAAAAGGACCCAUCUCAUGUUCCAUGAGGUUUUGAAAGCAGCGCCUUCAACAUUGGAUGCAGGACAAUCUGGGAGGAGGUAGUCCUUCAAGUGUCCUGGUCCCAAACUGUUUGGGCUUUAUAGGUAAGAACAGGCAUGCUGAAUUUCAUCCAGAAAUUAACUUGAAGUCGAUGCAAACGAAAUAAAACUGGAGGCUAAUUGUUCACAGAGCAGCCUCCCAAAAUCAGUCCAGUGGCUGCAGGCUGUGUAAUGAGUGGGUAACGUACAAAUGAUAGAUUGGCUUGGAAAAUUAUCUGCUUUUCCAAUUUUGCAGGAAAGCAAUUUGCCUCUUUUCUGAGUCAAGCAAAGGUGAGCAGGAAUGAGGUCAGCCAUCCCUUGUAAUAGCCAUCUCUUUGAAUUGGGUCCAAAAAUGGACCAGAAGUCACUGCAGGUGAUAUAACAGUGGAGUUGCAUGCUCAGAAAAUCAACCGUGAUCUAGAUCCUGACAUCAGCAGCUGACAUUUAUAAGACUCCUAUGUGUGCGUUAGUAAUUUAUGACCUAUUAAUUGCCUGAAAAGAAGUGUGGGGAACUGAAUUACUUUCAAUAUACAGAAUUCAGCCUGAUCCACCUGCUGGCAGUUGCUACCACUCACCUGCAACCGGGUUAGUAGCUGUUUACAAGCCUACAUUACUCAGUCCUAGAGAAGUCUUCUCUAUUCACAUAUUUCCUCAAAUGUGCAUGUGAACAAACUUAUACCGUACAUAAAACUGCAAUCUCGUACAUGUCUACAAAAAUAAGUCCCAUUGAGUUCAGUGAUUAUGCCAGGCUUAAGUGUGGAUUGCAGUAGGAUUGCAGCCUAGCCCACCUCUCGAGUGGGACGGAGUGUUAUAUUGCCAGUGGAAACUAUGGUUACCUUUCACUUUUUUUUUUUUAAUUUGUUGAUAAUUCCGUGAAAGUUCAUGGAUGGCAUCAUGUGACCAGUAAGAGGCAAUUAACUUCCACUUCCUGUUCAUUCCUCCUUGCUGUCUGGGCAUUUGUAUAUAUUCGCUGCCAGCAGACAGUCUGGGAAAUAAAAGAUUGGUUGCCUGUGGGUGGAAAACACAGAAGAGCCAGUUCAGACAUUCAGGCUUGCACAGAACUCUCAAAUCACUUUUGAAUCCCACCUUUCUUCCAGAGAAUUUGGGCUGAUUUUAUGUUGCAGGACUGCGGAAAUGGAUCUGACGUGGAAGGCCAGAUCCUUGUAUCUGCCCUUACCUAGGAGAAAAUCCCACUGAACGCAACAUGACUUACUCCUGAGUAGAGAUACAUGGGAUCAUGCUGCUAUUGUAUGCCACUUUUUAAAUCCUGGAAAUAACCAUGUGAGUUAGGUUAAGCAAGGACAGAUGUUGCCGAACUACAAUUCCCAGCAGUCCCAGCAAAGUUCUCCGUUUCUUGCCUGGAACGUUACAUUUUAAAGAUCCAAUUCUCCCUGGGUGUCAAGCUUACAUUGCAAAACCUUUGGAGUGUGAGUUGCAGGAACCUAUCGUCCAAUGGCUGAAAAGAAGCCAGGGCCUGAUUGGGUGUGUGGCUUGCUGCCUUGGGUCUUCCAGCUGCUCUUGCUGGAAGCCAGAGAAGAAAACUGGAUGCUGGAGAAUGUCCUCUGGGAACCUCUUUCCAUAGUCAUGGUGGAUGACCCUGUCCUGAUUAUGACCCCGGGGGUCAGUUUCUUCCUCAUGAGCAGACUGAACUGUUUUCUUUCCUCGUCCAGUUGUCGCAGCCUGCUCAGCUUCUGCUGUUCCAGUUUCUUUAUAGUCUGGAAACGAACAAUGAAGGGAGGGAAAAGCUUGAAAGGAGUCAUACAAUCAACUAAGAAUCCUCCUGUACUUCAGAAAUCUGCCAUGAUUUUGUGCAGGUGGCAAAAGACAGCAGAGAGACUUCCAACGCUAGAAUGCUGCGCUCAACAGAUCUGGCCCUUACCCUAAUGAUCCUCGGAUGAAGGGUGAUAUAGAAAUUUAAUAAACAACAACAAAAACAUCUGCUGAGGGUGAGGGAAGGCAAUGAAACUGGUCACCUUACCAUUGUUAGGUCCUUCUGCUCCUUGAGAAACUUAUUCUUAACCUGCUG